AUGGCCUCUUUAAAAAAUAAAAAAGGAGAUAUCGAAGUUACAUUGUUGGAAACUAAAGGAAUAAAAUCUGGUGAUAUUUUUAUUAUUAUAGAUCUACCCCCAAAUAAACUAUUUAAAACUCACACUUUUAAAGGUCCAGAUCCAAAAAUUUUUGAAAAAUUUGUAUUAGAUUUAAUGACAUUUCAAGAUGAUGAAAUUUUAUUGAUUGUAAAAGAACAAAAACCAAGUGGAUCAAAAUUUAUUGGUCAAAUUCAGAUUCCCCUUAAAGCAUUAAAUUUACCACAAGGACCGCAAUGGUAUUAUUUAACAGAUAGACCAUCGCAAAAAGAGGGUCAAAAACCAAAGAUUGUAACUGGUUCGAUUCAAAUUCAAUUGAAUUUUGUUCAUAGAUUAAUUAGAGCAAAAUCAAGAGUAUCAAUACCAAAAGAAUUUCUCCAACAAACAGGAGUUGAUGGUUCAAAUGAAACUUGUAAUAUAACCAACAGUAAUAGUACAACACCUUCGUCAUCCAGCUACUAUUCAACUACCAAAAGUAAUAGCAGUAGCUCUAGUAGUACAUCUACAUCGUCAUCACGUUCAACAUCACCUGACCCUGAAAAAUCUUUAGAGGUUGGAUUUGGCUAUCCAGUUCAUAUCAGCCAAGGAAGUAAUAAUAGUGGAUGUGAUAUUCUCGAAGUUAGAGGUGGUGAGUCCAUUCAUUCAAAAUACCAAGUACAAUCAUUGUCCAAUGGCUUUGAUCAUGGUCACAAUACAUCAAGUAGCAUCACAAUACCUCCACCACCCACAAUAUCAGAUAUUGAUAUUUCAAAAGAAGAAGAUUUAAUUAUUGAAGAAACUCUCAAAGAUAAAGAAAGUAUAGUAAAGAAACAAAUUGUUCAACAAAAAGAGCUUUUAAACAAACUAAGUGAAACAAUUAAACAAUUAGAGAAACAAGGAAAACCAGUUGUCCAAGAGAAAGCUAAACUAAAAAAGAUGCAAGAAGAUAUUGAUGAUAUGGAAAAACUAAUUCAAUCACAAACAAAGCAAUCAACAUCACCUUCCUCGUCAAGCAUAAACAACCCUUCACCAAUUACCAAACAACCAAGUAGAGGUAGAAAUUUAUUAUCAAGCCUGGGUAUUAAUAAAUCAACUGAAAAAAUUCAACAAUACACACCACAUACAUCAACCUUUAAUAAUCCACCACCACCAACAAUUGCACAAUCAAUGAAUUUGAUUCAUGCAUCCAUUCACAGCAACAAUACCUCUGGUGAAUUUGACCAAAAACUUAAUUACUUUAUUAUUGAGUUAGAAAAUGAAAGAAAGCUAAAAGAAUCAAUGAUCGAAAAAUACAAAACUAUAGAACGUGAUUAUUUUAAAUUAGAAAAAGAGCUCCAAUCAACAAAGCAAUCAUCCACAAAUAAUAACCUAACUAACAAGACAAAUAAUUUAAACACCACCACCACCAAAACAUCAACAACUAACCCAACCAAAGACAAAGAAUAUAAUGAUUUAUUAUUAAAGUUUAAAAUUCUAGAAGCUGAAAACAUCUCAUUAAUUCAAGAAAAAGAAAUCCUAAAUGAAAAAUAUAAACUCUUUGAAAAAGAAUCCGAAAAGCUUGAGAAAGAACUGGAAUAUGAACAAGUAUUAAGAAAAAAAGAAAUGGAGAAAAAGGAAUUCGAAAGAGAAGAAUCUAAAAAAUUAUUAAAAGAAUUAGAACAAGUUCAGAACAAAGAGAAACUUUUAUAUAUGGAACUAGAUACUCAAAAGGAACUGGCUGAUGUUAUGCGUGAAAAGAAACAAUUAUUCGAACGUGAAAUAACAAGGUUAGAAUUUGAAGUUAAACAAUUAAAAUCGGGCCAUUCAAGCAAUGUGAAUCCAAAUGUAAACAAGCAACAGCAACAAACCAUUGAGCUAUUACAAUCCAAAGUAAAGUCUUUAGAGAAUGAAAUAGAUUUAGAAAAGAAAUCGAAAUCAUUAAUUCAAGAUAAAUUAAAAUUGGCAGAAAAGGAUGAAAAAUUUGUUGAAAGAUUAGAAUCUGAAAUUAAAAGACUAGAAAACCAUAUUAAAUCACUAACCAAUACAAAUGAAUCACUAGAAAAAUCAAAAGAUAAAUUGAAGAAAGAAAAGGAACAAUUAGAAAAAGAAUUCAAUACAUUGAAACAACAAAAGAAUGCACCAACAUUAAGCAAAACAGGUAUUUCUUCAACAUCAUCGACUAAUCUUAACACACCAAAACAAAUUGAAGAGAAACUAAAUGAAAUGGUAAAUAUAUUGGUCAACAUAUCACAAAAACCAGAUAGCGCCGCUGUUGCAUCCAUUGCAGAUAACAAAUUAUUUGACACCCCAUUAGGUAAAAAAAUUAAAGAUCUAUCUGAAAAAAUUCAAACUGCUACAUUAAAGAAUAAAGAGAUGGAAUUACAAUUGGAAGAAUUACGAAACUCAAAGAUUCAAUCACAAAUUGAACGUCAUAGACAAGGCAUAUGUGAUAGCGAUAAUAACACACCAACAUCAUCUUCAUUAACAUCAUCCUCAAACUCAUUAAACUCAUACUCAUCACAAAACAACUCUUCUUCAAAUUUAAUGGCUUUAAAGGGCUCAUCAACAAACUCAUCUGAUAAGGAUUUAAUGCAACAACAAAACAAUCAAAUAUCAUUACUUGUAUCAAAAUUAGAGAAAUUGGACCGUCUAGAAGAAUUUAUGAGAAAACUUGAUGAAAUGAAAACAUUCCAACUAAACCAUUCACCAAUGGGAGGAAGUGCUGGCGGUGCAGAUCAAUCACUACGUAAACGUACUCAUCACAAUAUGAAGUCAGAAUUGGAGGAAAUACAAAAAACAAUUUUAGAUAGCAAAUCAACUGAGAAAGAACGUGAAGAUGCCAAUGUUAGAUUUGAAAAGGUAUUCCAAGAGCUAUCAAACACUGAAGAAUAUAAAAGAGAAAUUCAAUUAAUUCAAGAUGAGAAACGUCGUCUUAAUGAACCUUUAAAUCAAAAAGCACUUCAGAAACUAAUACCAAUUUAUUCAAAUAUUGACAAACAACCAUUAGACAUUAGAGAAAAGGUCAAAGAUAACCCAGAGCUAUCUCUUAUCGGUAUGGACCCCAAAGCAAUUUUGUCUAAACAUCAAAACGAUUUCCAAUACUAUUUAUUACGUUCAAUUAAUUUAGAAGAACUAAGAGCAAUUCGUGCAUCAUUACCAAAGUGGAGAUCCGAUCAAAAGAAACAAACUGAAUGGACCAUCAGCCUUGAAGAAAAAAUUGAUCAAAUUUCAAAACAACAACCACAUCAACAACAACAACCAAAAAUCACUAGAUCAAAAACAAAUAUUAACCUAAAUAUACAAAAACAAAAACCACAACUCAAUACACAAACUUUGGGUGGUAAGAAUAAAUUAAUGAAACAAGAAUCUGCCCACGAAACUUUAUUUAAUGAAUUAUUAAAAAAAAGAUCAAAAAUAAUUUAA